GUUAUGGAUCGUGAAAUCACCCUUUGUGACGCACAUGACGUAUCUGAGACUCUGCAGAAUAAGUUGGAGCAGCUAUCCUUCGUUGAGCGAGCUUUCGUUCAUUGUGAUUACCAGUUCGAUGGGGAUGAGCACGUCUGA